UUGUUAUCAUACUUGUGAUUCAUUCAAGCUUUUUCACUGCGAACUCUACCCUCGGCUGUAUGAACUCAAGAGUUACUUGUUGAUGGUACUUUACUUUGAUCGUACUGCAUGUUGGCUUUCAUGAACCUCAUUUUGACGCCCAUCUCGAACUCUACUGCGAAACUCUUUACCUAAGGCAUAAAACAUGACUUCCAUGGCUACUACUACUGAUGCGCUCACUAGUGCUCCAGUAUAUCAGACCGGUCUGUUGGCAAAUGCGCCAGAUAACCUUGAUGCCAAAAUCUCAAGCGAAAUUCAUGCGUUCGAUCAUGAACCUUCCCUCGAUGAGGAUGGACUAUUACGUCCCACUGAAGAAGAGAGAACUACACUCCGCAGAAUUUCUGGCUCAAUUCCAUGGACUGCUUAUAUGAUCUGUCUCAUCGAAUUUGCAGAGCGCGCAAGCUAUUAUGGUUGCCAAUUUGUCUUCUCGAACUUUGUUCAAUUCCCACUCCCCAAAGGAGGAAAUGGAGCUGGCGCAACCCCCAAAGGUACUCAGCUUACACCAGGCGCUUUGGGUAAAGGCCUUACUGUUUCAUCUGCCCUUGGUCUCUUGUUCAAAUUUUUAGCAUAUACAGUACCUGUCUUUGGAGGAUGGCUCGCAGAUACAAAAUUAGGACGUUUCAAAACUAUUUGUAUCGGAGUUUUUGUCUUCGGAGUUGCGCAUCUUGUUUUGGUUCUUGGAGCCUUACCUAGUGUAUUACAAGCUGGUCACGGCAUGGCACCAUUUGUCAUUGGAAUUUUGAUCUUGGCUUUGGGAGCUGGUCUAUUCAAGAGUAACGUUUCUCCCAUGCUUCUCGACCAGGACACACAAAAGGGACUCAUAGUCAAGACUCUCCCCGAUGGGGAGCGUGUUAUUCUUGACCCUGAAGUUACUGCUCAGAGACUCGCUCUAGCCUUCUAUGGUAUGGUCAAUGUUGGCGCAUUUUUUGGUCUUGCUACAACAUAUUCCGAAAAGAGAGUUGGGUUCUGGCUGGCUUAUGGAUUACCAAUGGUUCUUUACCUCUUACUUCCGAUAUUGCUAUGGGCAAUAAAUAAACGACUGGUCAAAUAUCCACCGCAAGGAAGCGAUCUCGGAAAGUUUUUCAGAGUUAUCGGUACCUCCCUGAGAAGAAAUGGUCUGAAGAAAUUUGGGCGCAAGGGUUAUCUCGAUGCUGCAAAACCUUCCGUUCUCGCUGCAGAAGGUAUCACUGGUGAACAUAAUGGUAAGCCAGUAGACUGGGAUGACAAUUUUGUCGAGGAUGUCAAACGAUCUUUGGAAGCCUGCACUAUUUUCUUGUUCUUCCCAAUCUACAUCUUGAACGAUGGAGGUAUAGGAAACAUUACGACAUCCCAAGGCUCAGCAAUGGUAACCAACGAUGCACCUAAUGAUAUUCUCAAUAAUUUCAAUGCUCUUACUGUUAUCGUUACCAUCCCCAUUCUUUCUUAUGGAGUUUAUCCACUUCUCCGUCGCCAUAAGAUUCAUUUCGGUCCUAUCAAAAGAAUAACAUUCGGUUUUCUUAUUGCCGCGGUUUCAUCUGCCAUUGGCGCGAUCACUCAAUGGAGAAUCUAUGAAACAUCACCGUGUGGGUAUUAUGCCACUGGUUGCGAAAUAGGAACCGGUGUUGCUCCACUCAGUAUCUGGUGGCAACUUCCUCAAUGGAUGAUUGGAGGUAUAUCUGAAUGCUUUUGCAAUGUCACUGCCCUUGAACUCGCCUAUUCAAGAGCUCCUGCAAAUAUGAAAGGUCUUGUCACUUCCAUGUACUUGUUUGCUACAGCUCUCUCUGCUGCAAUUGCACAAGCUUGUACUCCGAGUUUAGUGGACCCGUAUUUGAUUUGGCCUUAUGUUGCACCAGCGGUACUGGGAACUUUAAUGGCAAUCUGGUUCUACUUUUUGUAUAGGCACCUUGAUGACGAUGAGUAUGUUAGAGGUGGCGUCGGUGACACUUUGGGUGAGGAACCGACGGUGGAACGUAGGGAGUCGAUUAGGACUAGUGAUGCUAUUCAAGAAGUUGGACCAAACGAAAAGGUUUAAUCGUGGCUCAUUGUCAGUCGAACCAGUUUUCAAGAUGUAGGACUUCAGAUGGUGCCUUUAUCUGAAAUUUGCGCGCAUUUCUUUGGUAACGGUGGCCCGUCAGGGUUUUCACUAUUUAAGUAGUUUUUGAUGAAUGAAAAAAUGUCACUGAGAUAGUAUGAUCAAUGGCUGAAAAUGAAGGUUAGUUGUCAAAUGCUCAAAGUGGGCGCGCAUUCUGUCAUUUUGAACCAUCAUGUACCACAUAGCAGUUAAUUUCCUCAUCAUUCAAGUGAAAUUUCCUAUUUGAACAUCUUUCAACAUCUUCCAACACAGGAAAGUAUGUUAUCUUGUAUG